GAUCAAGUCCAAAGGGCACUAAAAUGCAGAGUUUCCUCAUGAUUGCAAUGGCGUGUUAGUGUCAUGUUCUUCUUGAGAUAAGACACUCUUUGCAGGUUAAGAUAAAGACGAGCUGCAGACAAGCAGAGCAGUGCUUUCACUCCUCUGUGCUCAACAGAUGAGACUUCUUCUUCGCUCCUUGUGUGUCUUGAAGAGAUUCUCUCAUAGGCUGCCGGUGGACGCGGGGAGGCGUGGCUUGUGCGGUGCAGCGAUGCGACUGGUGCAGUUUCAUCGUCAUGGUGACCCUGGGUCAGUGAGAGUCGGAGUGGAGCAAGGUGAGGGGCUGGGUGUGGUGGACCUGAAGGCCUUUGACCCCUCCAUGCCCUCUACGAUGAGAGAGCUGCUGGAGCUGGGAGACAAGGGAAUGGAGUGUGCACAGAGAGCCUUGUCAUCUGGUCAGUGCGUGGUGCAGCGCUCAGACAUCAAGCUGCUGUCUCCUGUCCUGGCCCCAGAGAAGGUGGUGUGUGUGGGUAUGAACUACCGUGACCAUUGUCUGGAGCAGAACGCCCCCAUCCCCAAGGAGCCCAUCAUCUUCAGCAAGUUCCCCAGCGCCAUCACAGGACCCUACGAUGACAUCAUUCUGCCUGCAGAGAGCCAGGAGGUGGACUGGGAGGUGGAGUUGGCCUUUGUGAUUGGACGAAGAGGAAAACACAUCAAGGAGGAAGAGGCUCUCUCAUACGUGGCAGGAUUCACGGUGGCGAAUGAUGUCAGUGCGCGUGACUGGCAGAUGAAGCGCAAUGGGAAGCAGUGGUUGCUAGGAAAAACAUUUGACACCUUCUGUCCUCUCGGCCCUGCCUUAGUAACCACUGAUGCUGUGAAAGAUCCUCACAACCUGGGUAUUCGCUGCCUAGUUAAUGGAGAGACAGUGCAGAACAGCAACACUGAUCAGAUGAUCUUCAAAACAGAGAAACUGAUUGCCUGGGUCUCAAAGUUUGUGACCUUAACUCCCGGAGAUGUCUUCCUGACAGGCACUCCUCCAGGUGUCGGCGUGUUCAAAAAGCCACCCGUCUUCCUCAAGAAAGGAGAUGUGGUGGAGUGCCAGAUAGACCAGCUGGGCUCUAUAUUGAACAAAGUGGUCUAACCCUGAGACAACUGGAAGGACACUACUCCUUCACAAUCCAUGAAGGAAUAAUCUGUUCAUCAAGCAUAGGCUUAUUCCAAAUCCAUUAUUUUACAUUAUUAAACACUUUCUGGAAUUAUUUUAAUAAA